AUGGAUAGCAUCGAAAAAAUAGCAACAUUAUUCCCAGAAUUAAAACAUCAGCUGAUGUUCUGGAAAGAACGAGAAAAGUUGUUUCAAGUUUUCAAUGAUAAUUCAGUUUCCAGUAUUGAUUCAUCACCUGCUAUUCCAAUAAAUUCUAGUUUACCUGAUUCUCCUCUCAGAUCAAUGAAUAAUCUUUCAACAAACGAUUGUAUGAUUGAUCAGAUGUUAGGAAAAGCAACAAUUAAACAAGAAACAAAUUUAAUUUUUCCUGAUGAAUAUACAAUUCCAGUAUUACCAAAAGCUUUAGUCCAAGAUAUAGAAACAUGUUUAUUACACAAAUUUGGACCACAUCAUACCAAUCGACAAAUACUUAUUGAUACAAUAACUCAUGAUUUAAUAGAGAAAUACAAUCUUUUGUAA